GCAUCCAAGCCGUAUUUUAUUAUCCUGCCUGCUGAGGAAUGCUGUUUUCCUACCCACACUGCUAAGAGAUCGCGCCCUGUUUUGAUGAACGUUAAACAAGGGAAGCUUAGAUAGAGUACAAGUGGGCUCUACAAUCGGAAGAAUAUAACCAUCCGGCGAAAGGAUUCAAAGAAGGUACAAUGAAACUCGUUGUGGUAAUAACAACCUUAGCAGCACUCCUUGGUCUGGCUUCAGCUAACCAACCAGCUGCUGCUCGUUACGAUGACUUUAAAGUCUACAAAGUCUUUGUCAAGGACGAACAACAAUUGGAUGAAUUCAAGGGGAUGUCAAACAACCUUCCGGUGCAAUUUCUGACUGACAUAGCUGGCGCCGGGCGUAGUUAUGAUGUGGCCAUCGAUCCUGUCAAUCACAAGGCCAUGGAAGAUUUUCUGCAGAACAGUGAAAUGAGCUACGAACGCACCAUUGAUGAUCUGCAAGCCAUUCUUGAUGAGAGCCCACUCGUUCCUCAGGCAAAGGGUCCAUUCCACUCUGCUCUAAACUGGACCCAUUAUCAUGAUUUAAAAAACAUUUACGAUUGGAUGGACCUCAUAAAGCGAGAUAUUAGAGUUAAAUCGUACGUAAUUGGAUACUCCUAUGAAAAUCGUCCCAUCAGGGCGGUUCGUAUCUCUACCAGACUGGGAAACAAGGCUAUUUUCAUUGAGUCCAACAUUCACGCUAUCGAAUGGAUCUCAUCGGCCACCACCACCUGCUUCAUAGAUAGAUUGCUGAAAGCCCGUGAUGGGGAAUUGAUAAAUUUGUUGUGGAACUAUGAUUGGAUAUUUGUGCCAGUCCUUAAUCCCGAUGGUUUGGAGUAUACUCAUUAUAAGGAACGUUUGUGGCGUAAGAAUCGCAAACCCACCGGUUUCUCUAACUCCUCCGGACCUUGCUAUGGCGUCGAUAUGAAUCGCAACUUUGACUUUGAAUGGGGAAGAUCUGGUUGGAACAUUGAUGUUCCCUGCGAUCACUGGUAUGGUGGUGCUGAGCCCGACUCUGAGCCCGAAGUGCAAGCUCUACAAAACUUUGUCAAGAGUUUUCCCCGAAACUACAUUCGAAUGUAUUUGGCUUUCCAUUCAUAUGGCAACAUGGUUCUAUUGCCCUAUGGUCACACCAUUGAUGAAUUCCCAGAUAACUAUCAACAAAUGAUGCGCAUUGCCGAAGCUUUUGCUGCUGGAGCCAAAGUCAAAUAUGGGACCGUAUUUCGAAGUGGUGCCAGUGGUCUUCUAAAUUAUUUAGUUUCUGGUUCGGCCAAGGACUGGGCAUAUGGUGUUCGAGGUAUUCCUUUCACUGCCACCAUUGAAUUGCGCGACGAUGGUUCUAAGUAUGGUUUCUUCUUGCCUGCCUCCCAAAUUCUUGAGGUUUGUGACGAAGUGACUGAUGGUAUUGUGGCAAUGGUUCGCAAGGCGAGAUCUGAGGGACUUUUUAAUUGGUUCUAAAUCGCUAAUAAGCCCAACAAAUUCCACACAAUUUUAUUAAAAAUAACGUGUAGUCAAUAAUAGCCAGGAUGGUUUAUGAUUGUGAAAUCAAAUCAAAUAA